AUGAAAAAUCAAAAAAAAACAAUAAUUUAUAAUUUACCAAAUACAAUUAUAUCAAUAAUUAUUGAAAAGAAUAGUCAAGAUGAUCCAACAUUAUAUAAUUUAAUAAAAUUAUCAUUAGUUUGUAAAAAAUGGGGAUCACAAAUUGUACCAUAUCAUUUUUGUUUUUUUAAACAUUCAAGUUUUGAAAAAAUAUUACAAUUAGCAACCAAUCCAUUAAUUCCAAAUGGUAGAGAAUGUAAAUUUACAGAUAUUUAUAUAACAAGACAACAACCACAACCAUAUACAUCUUCAUCAUCCUCAUCUUUAUCUUCAAAUUCAUCUUCAAAUUCAUUUUGUUCAUCAUCAUCAUCAUCAUCAAAAAACAAUAGUAGUAAUAAUAAUAAUUUAAUUAAAAGUACAUCAAUUGUAAUUGGUACACCUAGAAAUAAUUCAUAUCAAAUUACCAAUGGUAAAUUACAACAAUUUUUAAAUCAAUGUACCACAAUUCAAACUAUAAGUUUAGUAAAUUAUUGUUUAGAUAAUGAAAGAAAUUUCGGUGAAAGAAUUAGUGAAAUCUUGAUAAAUUGUCAACAAUAUUCAAUAACGAAAUUAGAAUUAAUGAAUUUAGAUUUAGUUUCAAAUGGUUCAUCAAUUAUUAUCUCUUCAUUAAAAAAUAAUAAUGUAUUGACAGAUUUAAAUUUAUCAAGAAAUUUUUUACGUGAAAAGGAUGGUAUUUUAAUUGGUGAUGCAUUACGUCAUAAUCAUACAUUAAAAAUUUUAAAUUUAUCAUUCAAUGAAUUUAAAAUAUCUGGUUUAAAAGCAAUAAUUGAAGGUUUACAUAAAAAUCAUUCAAUAACAAAUAUAAAUUUAGAAGCAGUUUGUAGAUUAGAUUGUAUGGUUCAAAAUUUUUCAUUAUCGUCACCACCAUUAACACCAAAUACAAAUACAAAUAAUACAAUUAUAAAUAAUAAUUAUAAUAAUAAUAAUAAUUUAUCAUCAUCAACAACAUUAUUACAAGUUAAUAAUAAUAAUAUAAAUUUAUCAUUAUCAUCAUCAUCAUCAAAUGGAUUUAAUAUUAAUUUAUUAUCAUUAAAUAGUCCAAAUAAUAAUUCAACAAAUAAUUUUAAUAUUACAAAUUCAUUAAGUAAUAAUAGUAAUUAUAGUAAUAAUAAUAAUAUUGGUAAUGGUGGUAAUUUUAAUGGUGGUAAUUUUAAUUUUAAUUCAUUAUUAUUAGGUACACCACCAUCAACAAAUAAUAAUAAUAAUAAUAAUAAUAAUAAUAAUCAUUCUUGGAUGAUGGUUGGUAGUGGUAAUGAUUUUCAUUUUUCAAGUGCAAAUUGGAUACCAUCAUCACCAUCAUCAAUUUCAAUUAAUUCAAAAAUGAUUGAUGCAAUUAGAAAUCUUGGUGAUAAUAAAACUUUGAAAUCUAUAAAUUUAAGUCAUAAUACAUUUGGUAAACCAUUUAAUAUGUCAUUAUUUGAAUUGAUUUAUUAUACAAAAUCAAUUACAUCACUUCAUUUAAAUUAUUUGAAAUUGGAUGAUGAAUCUGGUGAAAAGAUAGCAUCGGCAUUAAAAGAUAAUAAAUCAUUGAUUACAAUUAGUUUAAUUUAUAAUCAAUUAUCAAAAGAAACUGGUAUUUCUUUAUCAAAUAGUUUAAUUCAUAACACUACCAUAGAAUAUUGUUAUCUCUCAAAUAAUUUAUUUAAUGGUGAUGAUGUUUCAAUUGACUUUUCAAAUAUGUUAUUAAAAAAUUCAAAUUUAAAAAUUUUAGAUUUAUCUGAUAAUAAUUUCCAAUCAAUUGGUUGUAAACAAUUAAUGGAUUCUUUAAAAAUUAAUAAUCAAUCAAAUUUAAAACAAUUAUUAUUAAGAAAUAAUAAUAUUUCUGAUUUAGAUAAUAAUAAUAAUAAUAAUAAUAAUAUUGAUAAUAAUAAUGUUGGUUUAAUAAUUUCAACAAUGCUAAAAGAAAAUAAAUCUUUAGAAAUUUUAGAUUUAAGUUUUAAUAAUUUAUUGUCAAAUUCAUUAAUUUCAAUUUCAAACUCAUUAGAAAAUUAUAAUUCAACUUUAACCGGUUUAAAUAUUUCAUUUAAUAAUUUAUUAGAUCAAUCUUUAAAUUCUGAACAAUCAAUUAAAAAAUGUUAUCAAUCAAUUUUAUCAAUUUUUAAUAAUAAUAAAAUUAUUCAAUCAUUUGAAUUAGAUGGUAACCAAUUUAAAGAUGAUCAAUUAAUUGAAUUUUCAAAUCUUUUAAAAAUAAAUCAAAAUUUUAAUAAUUAUUAUAAACCAACAACAAUACCAACAACAACAAAUUUUAAUAAUAAUUGUAAUAAAAUUCAAACAACCUCAACAACUUCAACUUCAAUUUCAAAUUUAUCUUCAUUAGUAUCGACAACAACAACUACUACAACUACAACUUCUUCAAAUAAUAAUAAUAAUACUACUUCAACUUCAACUACAACAACAACAACAACAACUUCAACAACUUCGUUAAAUAUUAAAAAAAAAAAAAAAAUUUUAGAUGGAUUACUAAAUAAAAGAAAAUAA